AUGAAUACCCUGCGGUUUUUUAUACUAAUUGUCAUAGGACCGAUCGCAAUCUGCGGAAACUUUGAGUUCAACAAUGUUCGCUGCUUGGUGCGGGAUCGGGUAUUUUUGGACUUUGAUUACUGCUAUCUGAGAUCUGUGAAUCGAACAUAUAAGUACUUGUCGCUGAAAACCAAACUUCACAAGCUGCCGAUUACUAACACCGUGACCAAUGCCCAGAUAAGGAUGCGCGAGAAUAAGAGAAUCCUGUACAACUUCGAUGUCCGCUUCGAUGCCUGUAAGUUCCUACGCGAUCGAAGCAACGUCAUUGUCAACUGGAUUUUUCAAACAUUCGCCGACUUCUCGAAUAUCAACCACACCUGCCCCUAUCACCAUGAUAUUAUCUUGGAUAAGAUUCCCGUUCAGCAUAUAAACAAUAUCAUCCAGACAGUUGUGCCGGAUGGCCGAUACUAUCUCAAUACCACCUGGUUUGUCGAUGGCAUUCCGCGGGCCGAUGUAAUGAUCUACUUUACCAAAAGCUAA